AUGCGCGUCGCCAACUCCGACCAUGUAGAGGUGGCGCUCGGCUCAGAGGAGUUAUCCCAUCAUGUGCUCAAGCUUCGGCCGCUGUGUCCACCAGGAAUCGACCUGAGUGUGGUAACAGCGCUCCGCCAUGUUGGAAAGAAAAUUCCCGAGCAAGUAAACUCUAACAUUCUUCGUCCACGCGAACCCGCAAGACACUUCCGCCAAGCUCACUGUGCGCAAGAAGCCAUUGAGGUCUGGGCGCGCGUACGCCUGCGGUGGAGCGACCUGUUGAGGCGGCGGUCGAACUGCGUACAUCGUCGCGCGACGCUGCGGAUGCGGCGUCUCAAGAGACGCUAA